CAGCGCCUCCGCCGCUGCUGACGUGAUGACGUUAGCGAGCCCGCCCGUCCUGACCGGGCCUGGUAUCGCCCUGUUAGCAGCUCCGCUAUGGAGGCGCUGCGGGCGGCGGGACGUGCUGUGCUGCGGAGUCCGCGCCUCGCCCGGCACGGCCUGGGGCUCCGCCGGCGGCGCAAGCUUCCUGAGAGCUGGGCUGAUAUGCAGGAGCCACUGCUUGAGGGGAUGUGCUUCACGCUCAAGUAUCUAGGCAUGACACUGGUAGAAAAACCCAAGGGAGAAGACAUGGCUGCUGCUGCCAUUCGCAGGAUCGUGGCCACAGCACGGGCGGGCGCUCGCAAGUUCCAGAAGGUGAUUCUGACAGUGUCUCCGAGGGGCAUCUCGCUGCAGGAUGCAGACACAAAGGAGAUGGUUGAGAACAUCUCCAUCUACAGGAUCUCCUACUGCACAACAGACAAGCUGCAGAACAAAGUCUUUGCUUAUGUUGCCCAGAGCCAGGAGAGCGGGGCACUGGAGUGCCAUGCCUUCCUCUCACCCAAGAAGAAGAUUGCUCAGGCUGUGACUCUGACUGUGGCCCAGGCCUUCCAGAUGGCACUGGAUCUCUGGGAAGCAGCACAUGCAGGCUCUAGGCAGGAACAGCCCCUUCACCCUUCAUGUGUCUUGGAGAGCAGUGAGCCCAGCAGACCAAGUGAGCCAGCCCCCCCGGGGAGCCCUCCCUUCAGACACCAGUUUGGGGAGGAGGAAGAGGAGGAAGAAGAUGAUAACAUCGUUGAAACUUUAUCUGGCAGCAUGGAGGAGCUGGGGAGGGGAGCCCACUGCCAAGCAGAGUCAGCACCUCCUGUGCCCAGAGUGAGCUCUCCUACUGCACAGCUACUGUGCUAUCGUUUGGGGCAACCCCCAGACAGCUGGAAGGAGCUGGCGGUGGCUAGAGACCCCCACACAGGUGGCCCCAGGACUGCUGGCCCCAAAACUCCCCUGGGCUAAGCCAGAUCUCUGCAACCAUGGACCAGCCACUCAGGAUUCACCCUGUGCCUGCUUCUGGGCCAGACAGUGCCUGCUCCUGCCACUGCCCACCAGGCGUGGGGUCUGCUGGCACCGUUGCCAUGCAGUGCACAGACUGUGACACCCGCUCCUUGUCCUGCUUUCUGCCUGCAUGAACUGCCUCAAGCUGCAGCUGUUCCCAGCUCGGGCUGGUGCCUGCUUCCAGUGCAUGCAGAGCCACCCCAAGUGCUCUGAGCUUGCAGGAUGCAGCCAGUGUGCCUCGGAUUGCACUGUGUCUGACCUGCCUUGCUUGUUUCUUCCACCUUUCUCCUCGUGGUGGCAGCUGGGGACCAGUUGAAGCUGUGCAGCCCCCCUGGAGAUGGUGGAGGACUUGCUUAGCAUGCGUGACCCUCAGGGAGCAAUAGUUCUUGGCCUGGAGGAGUGAGGGAGGCCUUGCCCCUGCCGAUCAGCCCCACACCUUCUCACGAGUGAAAAUGAGCUGGUUUUUAAAGGAAAGCUAUGCCCUUACAGGGAAAUAAAAUGAUUUUUUUUACUGUU